UACUCCACCGUCGAAUAAUUGCCCAAGCAACCGUGCGGGCAAAUAAUUGGCCAAACUAGAUCGUGUUGCAUAUCCGUAUCCCUCUCCACCGCAACCACACACCACCACUGCACGUACCAGGCAUAUAGCAGAGCGUUGACAUCUCCUCUUGUCCUCGAUCGCUGCCACGCACACGGGCGAAAGCUGAGAGAGCUGAGCAAGCAAAGAUGGCGCCGCCGGUGAAGGUGUUCGGAUCGGCGGUGUUCGCCAACGCGGCGAGGGUUAUGGCGUGCCUGGAGGAAGUUGGCGUGGAGUAUGAGGUCGUCGAGGUCGAUUACACGGCCAUGGAGCACAAGGGACCCCAACACCUCUCCAAAAACCCGUUCGGCCAAAUCCCAGCGUUUCAGGAUGGGGACAUGAUGCUCUUCGAGUCCCGAGCAAUCGCAAAGUACGUGCUCCGUAAAUACUCCAAGUCAGCUCAGAUCGACCUGCUGCGAGAAGGCAACCUGCAGGAAGCCGCGCUGGUGGACGCGUGGACGGAGGUUGAGGCACACACCUACUUGCCUGCCAUUGCGCCCAUCUUCUACGAGUGCGUCGUGUACCCUGCGAGGCUCGGCACCUCGCCUAACCAGAAGGUGGUGGAGGAGAGUCUGGAGAAGUUCAAGAAGGUGCUCGAUGUCUACGAGGCGCACCUGUCCAAGAACAAUUACCUCUAUCUCGCUGGAGACUUCUUCAGCUUCGCCGACCUCAACCAUUUCCCAUACACCUUCUACUUCAUGACGACGUCUCAUGCGUCUCUCUUCGACUCGUACCCUAGCGUGAAGGCGUGGUGGGGGCGUCUGAUGGCACGGCCGUCAGUGAAGAAGAUCAGCGACGGUAUGGUGCUCAGGGCUUGAUAUGGUGGUAUAAGCGACGACAUCCCGAUUUGUGUCUGUAAAAGUAAGGGGUCUAUGUCUAUGUCUAUUUAUUUUCUGGUUUGCUUGAUGAAUGAGGUGGGUUUUCUGUAUGCUUGCGCUUGGUUCGUUCCUAUAAAAUCAGUUAUAACUGGAUUACAUGCCCUUUUAUGCCA